AGCUCGCAACUCGCUAGAGUGCAAGACCUACCGCCAGGCGCCAGUCCGCCACCAGUGUAGAUUCAGAUUCGUCGAAGGGAGGAUGUGUGGUCAGUCAUAGAAAUUACUCUUGACUGUGCUGCGGCCGAGAAUGCUCUGCCAAGAUUAACUUUCUUAGGUGGCACAUAGAGGAUGGUCCGUUUUAAUUUGAGGUGGUUCCUCUGAAUAACUCUCACUGCUUGUGCUCCUCGUCUGCUAUUUCACUAACAUGGUGUGGCGGGCGCUGAGCGCCGGCGUAGACGACCCCCGAUGGCGGGAGCCAGCAGCCGCUGUGUUCUACGGCGUGACCUCCACCGCCCUGGCCUUCAUCAACAAGGCGGUGCUGUCCUCCUACGACUUCAACCUGCCCUUCCUGAUCAUGACGCUGCAGAUGGUGCUGACAGUCAGCUCGCUGUGGGUGCUGACGCGCUGGGGGGUGGUCAGCCUGCCACCCUACACGCUGGCCGCGGGCUGGUCCUUCAAGUGGCCGUCGCUCUUCUGUGCCAUGCAUGGCGUCCUCUCACUCUACGCUCUUAGUGGUCUGAACAUCCCGAUGUACGGCACACUGAAGCGCUGCACGCCCCUCGUCAACCUGCUGCUCUCCGUGGUCCUCCUGAAGAAGGGCGUCCCUUCCUGCCUUCUCACCUCCUCCAUCCUCCUCAUCACCGCCGGCUGCAUCAUAGCAGCUGUGGGUGACCUAGCGUACGACGCGUACGCCUACACGCUGGGUAUGAUGAGUGUGCUGGCGCAGGGGCUGUACCAGAGCCUAGUGCAAUACCACGCCGAGCAGCAGAAGAUGUCGUCGUCACGCAUCCUGCAGCUUAACUCGUACAACACGCUGUGGCCCAUGGUCUUCUUCAGCGUGGUGGUCGGCGAGCCUCGCCAGGCACUCAACAGCCCGCACUGGAGAG